AUGAUGUCUCGUUCUACAUUCCUGACAACAUCAACGUCGCCAUUCGACGCAAGUGAGACGCCAUCUCAUCCUACAACAACAAAUGCAACUACAGAUCGUACAAGUACUCUUCGUUUUCAUCAUCGUUUAAUGCCGACUAUUUCAACAAAUGGUAGAUCACAUGAAACAGUACCUAUUGUUUUUGUUCAAUCAGCAACAACAUCAAAUGAUUCAUUAACAACGCCAACAACAACUACUACUACUGCUCAACAUAAAUCUGUCGUACGUCUCAAUCCAAAAUUGAAAAGAAAUUUAAGAGAUACACGUCGAUCAACUGGUAUUCAACCAGAUGAAGUUUCAUUAGCUAAUGCAACUAAUGAUACACCUCUUAAUGCUGAUGAUGAAGAGGAAGACAAAGUAGGUGCAUGCAGUCAAUUUCUCACAAUCCCUGGUAAUGAAUCCAUUGAAUCUUACGAUCAUAAUCGAACAAGUCCUCCAAAACCGGUGUUUAAAGUUAGUCGACUACAACCAACAUUCGAGGAAAAUUCUCGUCAUUCAUUUGAAAAAUUGUCAAUCAGUCGUGCGGAUCCUUUUGUAAUGACAUCAUCACCAUCACCAUCACCAUCACCAUCGAAUACAUUUUCCAACACAUCAUCAAUAAUAUUUCGACCUGAAGAAUUCAUUCUACGUCGGCAACCAUCUGAUGAAGAUCCUCCAACAGUAAAGCGUCGACAACUUGACGAACGUGUUUGUAUACUUGAAUCACUUGUCCGUGAUAAAGAUUCAAUUAUUCUUGAUUUACAACGUCAACUUGAAAGAGUUACACGAGAUUUAAAAGAUGCCGAACAACAAAUGUAUGUAUUACAACGAGAUAAAUUAACAUUAAUAAAAACUUUAACAAAAUUACAAGACCCAAAAUCUUCGUCAGGUGGAGGAGGAGGUGGAGGAGAUCGUCCAACAUCACCAAAACGAACUGGUUUUAUAACAAGAAGUUAA